UUCUUUCCGUCUCAUGGAUCGCAUAUCCUAGGAAGAUCUACUCAUCAUUCUUAAAUAACCUCUUUCGGAGUUUGCAUCCUUCCCAUUUGGCUUUUCCAAUCAUCUUUGCGGCUAAGCUAUUACAAGCAACCCCGCCAAGGCCUUUUUCAUCACCUCCCCCCCGGAUUCUGGCAUCUCUGUAUGACGACAUAACUACCUACUGCACUUUUGCCACGGUUGAGAUCUGCCCGCCUUGGGAAACUGGAUUAUUUUGAUCCAUUCUACUCGGCCAGACACCAUUGUUCUACCAUAAAAUAAACCAUUGGCGCCAUGGCUCCUCACGCCGAAGAAGUGCUAGACAGCAGCAUGUCUUCCAAUACUUCUCGGGCACCAGCCAUGAGUGGGUUCUCUGCUUUUUUAAACGGCUCCAACGGCGCCAACGGUGUCAAUGGACACCACAGAGCCAGUAAUGGCAGCAAUGGCACAAACGGUACAGUACACAACGGCACCCACAACAAGUCUCGGAACGUCCCCAGAAGCCAGUUUGUUCUGCCGACGCCAGCAGACGAGCUCCACGAUCUGAUUUGCGUGGGGUUUGGCCCCGCCAGCCUGGCCAUCGCCGUUGCAAUCCAUGAUGCUUUGGAGUCAAGGACGCUAUCCGAGGCACCAAAAGUCAUGUUCAUCGAGAAGCAGGAGAGCUUUGCCUGGCAUGCAGGCAUGCUGCUUCCUGGCGCCAAAAUGCAGAUUUCUUUCAUCAAGGACAUGGCAAGUCUGCGCGAUCCUCGCUCUCACUUUACCUUUCUCAACUACCUGCACAAGAAUGGCCGCCUUGUCCACUUCACCAACCUUGAUACUUUCCUGCCCGCGCGCGUUGAGUACGAGGACUACCUGAGGUGGUGUGCCAGUCAUUUCGAAGACGUUGUCAAGUACAGCAACGAAGCCGUUUCGGUACGACCAGAGCCUACACCUGCUGGCGGCGACAGCUCCGUCAAGAUCUUUGAGGUAGUCUCCAGGAACACCAAGACUGGUGUUGAGACACGAUACCGUGCAAAGAACGUUAUUCUGGCCCUGGGUGGACAGGCUUCUAUCCCGAGGACCCUGUCCCAGGCUCACCCCAAGGUCAUUCACUCAUCUCAAUACGCUCAUGCUGUUCCCAGGAUCCUCAGGGACACCAGCGCUCCGUACAAGGUUGCAGUCAUUGGAGCCGGACAGAGUGCAGCCGAGAUUUUCAGCAACGUUCAGACUCUCUAUCCCAACUCCAGGACAUGGUUGGUCAUGAAGUCGGAGUUCCUCAAGCCUAGUGAUGAUUCACCAUUCGUCAACUCCAUCUUCAACCCCGAAUUUGUGGAUAAUCUGUACCCACGGGCAUCUAGUGACCGGCGCCACCUGAUCAGGGAAGCCAAGGCAACAAACUACGGCGUUGUUCGCCUGGAGCUCAUCGAGAAGCUAUACGAGCUCAUGUACGACCAGAGACGUGAGCUUGGAAGCGACGAGAAGCAAUGGCCCCACCGCAUCAUGAACAGCCGCCGUGUGAUCAGCUGUGAGCCCAUCAAGGGUGACCGCCUACGUCUGAGGGUCAAGCCUGCGUCAGCGACCGCCGAUGAGGUGGAAGACCUGCAGGCUGAUAACGGCGAAGAGGAAGAAUUCGACGCCGACCUUGUGGUGUGCGCAACCGGCUACAAACGGGAUGCACACGUCGGCAUGCUGCAGAGCAUGUGGGGAAUGCUCCCUCAACUGAACGGCGCCCAGUCCACCCCCUCUGAAGACAGGAAAUACAAGGUCCCCGUCUUCGACAGCUGGGAGGUGCAGCCGCCUGCAGAUAGCGAGGACCAGGGCACAAGGUCGCUCUCGGUCGGGCGGGACUACAAGGUGCGCUUCGCGCCAGAUGCCGUUGCUCCUGGCUCGGGUGUCUACCUCCAAGGCUGUUGCGAGGGUACACAUGGUCUGAGCGAUACGCUCUUGUCCAUCCUAUCUACGCGAUCUGGAGACAUUGUGAACUCUAUCUUUGGGCCAAGUAACUGAGAUAUGUUGUAGGACAUGGCGUGAAGAGGGGUGGCAUAAAGAGGGGUUGUAUGGAGUCAAAAUAAGCUCGGCAGCGCUGGUUGUUGGGCAAAUUUUGACGAGAAAAAAAAGAAGAAAGAAUUUUAGGGGGUUUGAAGAUAUCAUGAAUGAAAUUAGCGCUUGUUUAUUUUGAAUAUAUUGUAUUGGAGUUUAUAUUUCAAUAGUAUGUGUAGUUUUCUGAGGCAAUUCUGAGGCAAUGUCUUGGAAAGGCAACAUCGCUGCGUCGUUGCCGGGCGAAUCGAUCAACAAACCCCUGGUAACGUUGUCGCUGUUCGCUACCCGUGUUUAGAAAUGCACGCAGGAUCAUGCGGUCUCAAUAUAGCACUAUCGGGGG